AUGGAGGACGAAUCCGGCGAGCCCAAGGCGCGCAAGGCCUGCAUCAAUUGUCGCCGGCAAAAGAUGAAGUGCAGGAUCGACUCGGGCAGUACCUGUCGCCGCUGCGAGCGCGCCGGCCUACCCUGCAUCUUCGUGCCCAGGGCUAACGCCUCGGCCUUCAUGGUGCCGGCAUCGAUGCCCCUGGCCGAGAUGGCAUCCUACGACGUGACGCGCGACAUCCUGCGCCGCGUCAAGGUCAUCGAGGAGCACCUCGGGCUCCCCGUCACUGGCAGGGUCCUCGACGAGGCUGAGGUCAAGCCAGCGCCGACUCCCUCAACCACCCAGGAUGCGCCGGUCCUGCUGCCGGACAUGUCGGCCAGUGGCAGCCAUCUACAGCACUUGUGGGAUGCCGUGGCGAAACUUGAGCGGUGCACAGCAGGGCCCCGCGACGCCGCGAUCUGGGACAGGAACACGAUCCAGUACCUCUGGCAGACGUUUCAUGACAAGAUGCCCGGUCUUCACUUCCUCCCCGGCAGGCAAAUCUUCUCCUCGCCCGAGCCCCUACUACUCGCCUCCAUGCUGUACUGCUCCAGCAUCCGGGGCUCCUCCGCCACGCACGCCGCGCUCGCGCCCGGCUACUUCCGCGUGCUCAGCUGCGCCAUCUCGCAGCUCAGCAUACCCGGCAGCGAGCUCGCCGUGCCGUUCGACAGCGCCGCGCGCUCCGAGCCGGUCGCGUUCCACUCGGUGCUCGGGCUGGUGCUGGCCAGCCUGCUGAGCGAGGCGCGCGUGCGCGAGACCGGGCUGUGGAUCUCGGUCGCCUACAACCUGAUGCUCGAGCACUGCCCGCCGCAGGUCGACGAGGGGUCCUUUGACUGGCCGCGCAUGUUCAAGGGCGUGCAGAUCGUCGACCUGGAGCACGCCUCGCUGCACCUGACCUGCCCGGUCGUGCCGGUCGAGCCGCCGUUCGCGGCGCUGCAGAUCCCGCACCACGACCCGCUGUACCGCCUUUCGCGGAUGAUGCACACGGGGCUGUCGCGCUUCUCUGGCCGAGGGCUGCCCACCAUCUGGUCCUGCUUCGCCGGCGCUGGCGGCGGCGGCCUGGCCCCGCCCUCCUCCUCCUCCUCCUCCUCCUCCAUCCCGUUUACGCCGAUCGACGCGGCGGUCAUCAGGGACUGGGCGCGGAGCCUGGACGACUGGCUGGUCGAGUUCGCCAGGACGGGCGACGAGACGGACCAGCAGCGCACGCUCGUCUUUCGGCAGUACGUGCUGCACCGCCUCGUGGUGCUGUCCAUCUACCACCCGGCGCGCGGGUGCAACCUGCAAUCGAACAGCAUCACGCUGCACGAGCAGCACGAGCUGCUCGUCUCGGCGCGGGCGACGCUGAAGCUGCACGUCAACGACAAGUCCAUCUGGUCCAACUGGGACCUCAUCAUGAUUACCUGGGCGGCGCUCAUCGUCCUACAAGGGGAGAUGAGGCCCAGCUUGCGCGAAACCCUGGCCGCGCGCCUUGAGCAGCAGCUCGACUCCCUGCACACGCCGAGCCCCUCCUCCGCGGCCGCGGCGGCCCAGCAGGCACCGCUCGACAUGGCGCAGGCCCUGGACUACUCCUGGCAGCUCUUCGACAACGCCAUCAUCGAGCAGGUCAUGGACCCUUUUUGGAUCAGGCCGCAGAGCAACCUACCACCAAUGCCCCAUUGA